AACUUCACUUUGCAUGGCGUUGUCAUCGUUCUUGGGUGAAGAAAAAAUAAAUUCGCUGUGCUGCUGAAGGAAUUCGUCACUGAACAGUAAAAUAAUGGCGGUCAACGUGUAUUCGACAAAUGUGACGACAGAGAACCUUUCUCGCCAUGACAUGCUCUCGUGGGUGAAUGAUUGUCUGAACGCUCAGUUCACCAAGAUCGAGGAGCUCUGCACAGGUGCUGCCUAUUGUCAGUACAUGGACAUGCUCUUCUCUGGAUCGGUUCCCAUGAAGCGAGUGAAAUUUCGCACAAACCUCGAGCAUGAAUACAUCCAAAAUUUCAAGAUCCUGCAGGCCGCCUUCAAGAAGAUGAGCGUGGAUAAAAUAAUCCCCAUUGAUAGAUUAGUUAAGGGGCGCUUCCAAGACAAUUUUGAAUUCUUACAAUGGUUCAAGAAGUUUUUCGACGCCAAUUACGAUGGGAAAGAUUACGAUGCGCUGGUGGCGCGCGAGAAUUUGCCGAUGGGAAUGGGAUCGGCGGCCUCGUCCAAGAGCGCUCUUGCCGCUCCGCCGAGGCGCUCCAUUCCCGCCAUGGCGCCCGCGGCGCGCGUCCCGGCGAAGCCUAUCACCAAAGCCCCGACGAGACCGGCCGCUGCUCCUGGGCAUCGGGCUUCAAAUUCGACGCCACCGAAGAAGCAGGACAGCCUUGGAAACCAUCAGAACGCGACGGUGACGAACCAGCAAAUUGAGGAGCUUUCGAAUCAAGUCAUGGACAUGAGGAUGAACUUGGAUGGCCUGGAAAAAGAGAGAGAUUUCUACUUUGCUAAGCUGCGCGACAUCGAGAUAUUAUGUCAAGAUGCGGAUGAAGGCGAACCUCAACCCAUUGUUCAAAAAAUCCUCGAUAUUCUCUAUGCGACUGAGGAUGGUUUCGCCCCUCCGGAUGAAUUAACGCCGCCUGAUCAAGAGGAAUAUUAGAGAAAAUAAGAAAGAUUUUGUCGUUCAACUGUUGAUCAGAAAGAAAGUGAGAAAAAAUCCCUCUUUGUGCUUCAUUAUUUGGUUUUCUUAUUUUAUUCAUCAGGCCUCAGAAAAAUUGUAAAAACAGAAGGAAAUGAAGAUUUUUUUUAGAAACUACAUCUCAAGAAAAGAAAAGGACGAUAACAUGAAUUCAAAUUAGAAAUGGGAACUAUUUUAAAAUAAAUAUCAUAUCUUAAUUGCAGAAAGAAUAAUGUGAAAAAUGCAUCGCGCAAGAUUUUUUUAGAGAUGAAGAUAUAUGAAAAAUUCUACUGGCCAUUAUUUAAACAUUUUUAGUAAUAUUCUUACCAUUUUUCUUCAUUCAUGCAUUUUGUUUUGUGUAUCGAAUAAGCUCUUGAAGACAUCUUUGAAGUAUUUUUGUCAUAUCUUUUUUUGUUUACGAGAGAAAUGAGAAUGAAUAUGAGACUUCUUUUGCGAAUCAUUUGAAAAUUCCAUUUAAUGAGGUUAUAAAAGUCCAAAUUUUAGACCCGGAUUGUUAAACACUAUCAUUUAAAUAAAAAAUGAGAAGAAAUUUGAUCGAACUCUCAGAACUAAUGAGCGAUUUUGUGUUAGGAAAGUCGACAAUAGAUAACGAGUUGCAAUAGUCAAAGUUUUAGAAAGAGAAAAAAUGCAUAGAAAGUUAGAGAACGGGUGAAAAGUGUGCUGAAAGUAUUAGGGAAAAGCAAUUUUUGCCGUGAAUCCUGAUUUUUCGUAGGUCUCUGUGAGAAAUUUAGGACGAUUUCGCACUGAUCUUGACAAAAUAAAAUUGUGAAGCUAUUUCGCACACAAGAAUACAUUUUCUUACUUCAUUGAUAUUUUGAUCCUUUUUUGAGUGCUGAAGUGAGAGAAAUUAGGCAAUAUAUAGUCCAAAAGUCGCUUUUACUAGCUUUAUCAGUGGAAAAUCUCAAGAUAAGACAUUAUGAAGGCGUGUCAACAAUGCAUUGUCGACAGAAACGCAUCAACAAUCGCUCAACUCAGUGCUUUAUGAAGAAAAGUCUCUGCAGAGAAUGAGAAAAGAGAGAAAACACUUAAAUUACUCAUUUUAUAUUGUAAAAGAACCUAUGAAUUUAGACAUGCAUUAAUUUUACACUCUAUUUCCCCUCAAGAUUUAUAUUUUAGGUAAUUUUCACUUAAUAUUUCUUACGAUUUUUUAUACUCCCAAACGCAAUUUGCAAUAUCGAGCCAAGUCGAGUCUUCACAUGAUCUUCAUUGCAUUUUACAAGCACACACAUUUUUUGUCAAUUGUAAUUUAAUUUAAAAACACAGACGAGAACGGGAAGAAUAAAUGUGAAGACGAACAAUUCGGUGAAUGGUUUUUUACGCAUUAUAAAAGAAAUUAUAUUGUGAAGAGAAAAGCAGAAUUAACAAAGUGAGAUGGAAAUCAGUGGAAAAAGUUUAUCAAGCUAACUUUUUAAAUGCUACUAUAUUGCAAUUGUAUAAAAUAUUACAAUUUAUUAAAUUAUUAUGUAAUACAGCGUA